AUGGUGGCUUUGGGAUCCGUCGCGCGGCUCCUCUUGGGCCUCUUCUUCGCGGCUCGUCUGCUUCAGAAUGCUCGCGGGCAGUGGGACGAGAGCGACCUGGUAACGGGCCUGCCGGGGCAGGCGGCGGUGGGAUUCCGGCAUUACGCGGGCUACGCCGAUGUCCGGCCGGGUGAGGAGAAGGCGCUCUUCUACUGGUUCUUCGAGGCGGAGGAUGCUCCGGAGAAGAAGCCGCUCCUGCUCUGGCUCAACGGAGGUCAGUCCAAUAAAAUUCCUCCCCAUUAUUGCUCACCCUCUGCUUCCACCGAGAUAUGUCGAUCUUUCUCUCCGUUCACUCCUCUGGUUCCUACGCUCUCCGGAUCGAAAACCGUCAUCCAGAAACAUCCAAAUCUACCAUUUUCGAUCCAAAUCUGCUUCAUUCUCUCUUCCAUUUUACCUAAAAUCGGCGGCGAGGCUGAUUUCACAGUGUUGGAGCCGUCUUCUCUCUUAUCUGGCGGGGUCAGACUAUCUUUACACCUGGCCGGUCAAAGUGUCCUCUUCCCAUGCCCGCCCUACCUGCUUAGCUUCUUGUACCCUCGUCAUGGCCUUGUCAUUGCACUGGCGUUGUCGUCGUUCCCCUUUUUCGGCUUGACUCUCUAUCUCUCUCUCUGCCCGUCUUUUGAGGGAGAGAGAAGAGAGAGAAAGAGAGAAGCUGCUGAUGACGAAGAGAGAAAUAUUGCAGGUCCAGGAUGCUCGUCCGUUGCCUACGGAGCAGCGCAAGAGCUCGGUCCGUUCCUGGUGCAAGCCAGGGGCCUGACCCUCAACCCCUACGCUUGGAACAAAGGCACGGAAUCUCUUCAUCUUCUUCCUCUUCUUCCUCUCUUCCCCUUCACUCACAUUUGGUUCUCUUUCUCCACCGGGCUUCUCCUACAGCGGCCAACCUCUUGUUCCUGGAAGCGCCAGUGGGGGUGGGAUUCUCCUACACGAACCGGACGACGGACUUGGCGGAGCUCGGAGAUCAGGUGACGGCCGAGGACUCGCACGCCUUCCUGCUCAACUGGUUCAGGAAGUACCCGCGCUUCAGGUCUCGCGAUUUCUACAUCGCCGGGGAGAGCUACGCUGGUAUCACCCGGCUCCCGAGAUGGAUAAUAUCCAUGGUUUUUCUCGCUGGCCGUGCUCGUCCCCGCCGCCUUGUUGACUGGUUGAUUGCCCUAAUCGCAGGCCACUACGUCCCCCAGUUGGCGAAUCUCAUUUACGAAGGGAACAGACGAGCGAGCAAGGACUCGUACAUUAACUUCAAGGGCUUUAUGGUAUCCCCUCUCACUCUCUCUCUCAUCUCCAGAAGUGGCCUGGGACACCGCAUUGUGCGAAAGAUUCCCUGGAAACCCAUGAAAGACACUUCUCUCUCUCUCUCUCUCUCUCUCGUGAACUUGGGUUACCGCAGCGUACGAUUCAUUCUCAGAAAGCCAGAGAAGUUAUACUUCCAAGUGCUCGUGGACACAAUCUCUCUCUCUCCCUCUAAAUAUUGUCGCCGGCCGGCUUGCAGAUCGGGAACGCGGUGAUAAAUGAUGAGACCGACAUUCAGGGGAUGGUGGAUUACGCCUGGAGCCACGCCAUCAUAUCAGACAAGGUCUACCACUCCUUCCGCCGGGCAUGCGUUGGGUCCGCCGGCAACGAAUCCAGCGAAGCCUGCGACUCAGCCAUGAAGGCCUUCAUGCGGGGUUACGACGGCAUCGACAUCUACAGCAUCUACACCCCUGUCUGCCUCAGCUCCCUCUCCCGCCGGCUGGCGCCCAAAACGAACCCUCGCGGCGGCGCCGCCGCGCCACAUGUACGUCCUCCUCCUGGGCCCUCCUCGCCCACCUCCGUCCGCUCACCCUUCGUAGUGAUAAAGAGCUACCUUUUGUCCAAGCCAGAAGUUCUGGCGCCACAGGCCGAUCACCCCAAGAGCCGGUUACGACCCCUGCACGGAGGACUACGUAGAGAAGUACUUCAACAGGAAGGACGUUCAGAGGGCCCUGCACGCCAACCUCACCCGUCUGGGCUACCCCUAUUCCUCCUGCAGGUCAGCACCGCCCUCUCAGGGCUUUUUCUAACUCAUCGGCCUGUCAUCUGCCCUACUCAUCGUCAAGUCGUGAACGAGUUGGAUGGAUCUUCAUGGCAGCUCGGUGAUAGAGGAGUGGAAGGAUUCCGCGGAGACGGUGUUGCCCAUCAUCCGGAAGCUCAUCGACGCUGGCCUCCGCGUGUGGGUCUACAGGUUAGGGCCUUCCCUCGGGCCGCGGCCGCUCUGAUUCUACGGCUCUGGUUUUUCUUCCGUGCACUGACCGCCGUUCGCCUGUGCCGUCCGUCCAGCGGCGACACCGACGGGAGGGUGCCGGUGACCUCGACGAGGUACAGCAUCAACAAGAUGAAGCUCACGGUCAAGGAGGAGUGGAGGGCAUGGUCUCACCGGAGGCAGGUGGCCGGGUGGGUGGUGGAGUACCGCGAGGGGCUCACCUUCGCCACCCUGCGCGGCGCCGGACACCAGGUCCCCGCCUUCGCCCCCGACCGUUCCCUCUCCCUCCUCUCCCACUUCCUCGCCGGAGAGCGCCUGCCAGCGUCCCACCCUCGAUAG